AUGACGCCUGUGUCGCCGAGCCCGUCUGCUUCAGGCGGCCCCUCACGCACCGAAAAGUAUGUAGGUACAUUGUGGUGGUGAAAGGUGUCUUCAACUUUGUGCCUGUUGUGGAUUUCAGAUUCCGCGUCGCCGCUGGCACCGACAGGGCAGCCGAGAGGAUUGUCCUGCACUUGAAGAGCCUCGAUGUCGAUGGCGACGGCAAGGUUAGGUAUUCAGUCAAGUCGACUGACUGUGAGGUGUUUCCAGUGUCCUUUUUCUGUACUACAGUUCACUGUUGAUGAUGUCGUGCGGGCAACGUGAGAGAGAGAGAGAGAGAGAGAGAGAGAGAGGAGAGAGAGAGAGAGAGAGAGAGAGUAUUGUAGAGAGAGAGAGAGAGAGUCAUUUGUCUGUGACCAGGCGGAAGCUCUUUGCCGAGAAAAACACUAACACACGGCUCCGCUGGGUCAUCGCUGUGGUAAGUGGUAGAGCCACAAGGGAAUGCGGUCAUGCUCUUCUGCAAACAGAUGUCAGCGGCCUACGUUGCCACGAUGGCCAUCAUACUCGGCUUGGUGCGCAAACAUGACAAACACAAUCAACACGACAGACCAUUGUGCUCCAAUCACUUGGUCUCCAGGUUGUUGGCGGGUUUGAGCGUAAGAGCGCACUUUGACAUCGUUGCCAAUGCUUGUGAAAUCGUCUGUCGCUUCAGUGAGCAAGGAGACAAGGGUCAGGCCUGGGGGCUACUUGAGUACCAAAGCAAAGCCUUCGAUGCCCAUCCGUAGGCCCUGCAUGCUGUUUACGAUACGAACAAGCCCUGCGAUGAUCAUGUUUGUCGGCUAGGAGUGCGAGAGCACUUGGAUGCGUUCAGCUUGUACGACGUCUUCAGGUGAAUGAACGAGCCACACAACACGCCAACACACCCAGCUGAGUGCACGUAUGGGACCGAAGAAUGCUCCCAUGCCAAUGGCAUGCAGCACACCGAUAGAGGACUACGACUCGGUGGAGGCAGUGAUUAUUCCGGUAUAUUUGGAAUUUCUCUGCCUUCUUGCCUGCUGCCUGUGGUUUCAUAUUUGUGUGGUGCGUGUGGUGUGUCCCUCUACCUGGCUGGUUAUCGUUUGGUCGUUGAAUCCCAUCAUGGUUCCUGCUCACUGUCCCGUCAAGCACAACGAGACUGGGUCGUUCGGAUACUACAAGGUCGCCUCCAUCAUAAAUGGCCCUGCGUCCCUCCUCAUCUCGAUGGUGCUAAGAGGAACAGGUAGAUGA